UGCCGCUAAAUCGUCGACUUUUGUUUUAACUGUCAAAAACGAUUUUCCUCAACAUAUCUCAGUUACUUCAAUUAUUUUUAUUGCCUAUAUUUAAGUUCAACUCAUUGUACUGUUUUUAUUAUUAUGGGUUCAAAAUUUACAUUACGAAGAAGAGUUCAUUCAGUACCUGAUGGCUGUGAAGAAAAAGAAAACAAUGAACAAAAAAACAAUGAGGUGCCAAGACGAAGUUUACGCAGCAAUAGUGUAAUUGAAACCCCUAUCGUUCCAAAGCCAAAAGUCAUUGAAGAUUUACCUUUCAUAUCUUACAAGGGCGAAAUUGUUUAUUGUACAAAUGCAAUUGAUAUCUCUUUGGCUUGUGAUCGACUUUUGGGAGAAGCAGAAAAAGCUGUCGAUUUUAUUCCUUUAGCCUUCGAUAUGGAAUGGCCAUUUAGUUUUAAAACUGGUCCUGGGAAGUCGGCAUUAAUUCAAGUCUGUUACGAUAUAAACAUAUGUUACCUGUUUCAAAUUAGUGAAUUAUCUAGGUUACCUGGACCUUUGACGAUUCUGUUAAAACAUCCAAAAGUUCGGUGCCAUGGCGUAAAUAUAAAAAAUGAUUUUAGGAAACUUGAGAGAGAUUAUAAGGUUGACGUUGAACCUAUGAUUAACAAUUGCAUAGAUUUGGGAGUGUGGUAUAAUGAGGUAACACUACGUAGUGGACGUUGGAGUUUAGCAAGAUUGGUUGCAGAAGUGGUUCAUUUGCAAAUAAAUAAGGAUAAAUCAGUUCGCAUGAGUCAGUGGAAUGUAGUGCCAUUAAGUGCGAAUCAACAGUUGUAUGCUGCAAUCGAUGUAUAUAUUGGACAAGUGAUAUAUUAUGAAAUACUAAAGCAGCAGCAAGAAUUUCAAAAGGCUACUGAGGGUUUAAUAAAUGGCAAUGAUAUUAAAGUGUAGCGAUAU